AUUUGCAUUGCAUCUCCCGCAUUGGCCGACGCCCACCGAAACAUCUUACCGAAGCAUACCCUCAAGAACCACCAUGUGUGGCCCCGAUACUUCCAACAGGCCCCGAGGCGGCGCUCUGGCCGUACUCAAUCCGACCGACGGUCUUGUCAAGACAGAGGGCCAGAAAAUGCGAGGCGACCUUUCUUUCCACACACCGGGCGACCCAUGCAGCUCUACAGCGACGCAUGCUCGUUGGACCUGGGGCGAGGGUCAUGCAUCGUCUGCAUUGGGAGGGCUCACGUUCAUCAUCCACAAGUCGGGCGACAUGACGAGACGAAGAGAAGACUGCGGGCUGUUCCACGAGUUCAACUUUGCCAACGGGGCCGUUGUGCAGGGGGGCGAUGCUCUCGAGUUGGUGUUGAACCAGCCCAUAUCACUGCAGGUCGGCGACGAUGGGAUCAUUGGACGCCGAAUCUCCGUGAUGUCGGGGGCCGACAACGCGUGGCAGAAUGCCGUUGCCGAGGGCAUUGUAGGCUUCAACUUCGCCCAGCCCUUGUCGGCUUCCCUGUGACCGUUUUGCUACUUGAAUGGCGUCGAAUCCUUCCUGCAGGAUUGCAGACCAUGGCGUUAUAUCGGCGAAUCUCCAGGCAUUGGGCUUUGGUUGGAUAGUUGAGGUUGGGAUAUCGGGACCGGCGCAUUUCAGGUCAGAUCUAUGGCGUUG